AUGGAACUAAUUGAAGCGUCGCCGGAGUUGCAUCAUCAGAGCCAACCCGUCAAUACAAUGAAAGACUCGACGUGGAAGCAACAAAAGUCAAGCAACUUCCGUUGCCCCCCUAGAACCUCCAAGCCAACGGGCAUGCGGCAAGCAUCCCCUUACGUAUGGGGCGCUCUUUCCCCCAAGAACAAAGAGCACUCUGAGCAUUCAUUGCACACUGAAAAGAGCUUCAUUGCGUAUCCAGUGCCGAUCAGCUUCCCGUUCUCGGUCCUCUAUCAAAGACGACCACCUUUCCUUAUUGUGAUCAUGGUUUGGAAUAUUCAUUCUCUCGCAGGCCUUCCAGUCGAUCUUCCUUGGAACCCCUGCUCUCUUACCAUGACUCUUGUACUCCUCUUUGCGAUCCUUGCCUCUAAUUUGUUCCCACACGAGGGAGUAUCCUCCGUCUACACGCCACGAGACAGCCCUACUUCGUACACUCGACGCAAUACUGCGCCAUGGCCUAACGGACACGAGCAGCUCCCAUCCCUUCCUUCGACAUGCUUCUGGACCAAGAACCACCGGUCGUGGGUUGGGGAUCUACCAAUCGCUAUGGUCACAGUACAAGACGCACGAAACCAACACGGAUUACCCCUCCUGGAGUCGAUUCCCUGCACACUACCGCCGCCGACUGUCGCCCUGCAUUUGUCAGUUGAUCACGGUCCUCUGAUUCUCGUGGAGAAGCAGGGAUCGGCACCUUCCGCUGGAUUCAUUCAUUCGACACCCGCCAUGCUGGACCUGCUUGCACGGUAUUCCCUAUUCUACAGCUUGGAUUCUUGGGCGUGCUUCCAUCCAAGAGUCGCUGACCUGGGUUGGAACUCUUUGGCCAAGACGUCUUCUGCACUGCUCACAUCUUUUUGCAGCUCUGCCAUCACUUCUCUUCACUCCCACCAGCGACUUCCUUGUGACCGCAUCCGCUAUAUGCCCGUCCCUACACUGCUCUUCUUCAGCAAACUAGACACAAGGCCAUGCACCGUUCGACAACCCAAACCCUCGGCGGUGAGCCAUCCGAACACGCAGCCUUCUACUUCUGAGCGGACGAUCCGGCUUGCCAAUGGUCCACUGCGUACCUCUGGAGUCUGGGCUGACGAGGAUCCAGUCACGUUUCCGCCGUGCGAAAAUGCCCCAAAUCGUCCAUGGUGUGGCAAAUUCGAUGAUAACAUACCUUCAACACCACUAUCGGAUUUCACGACGAAGACAUUCACCGCUCCACACCGAUGGGAGGACCCAAAUAAGGCAGGAGGGUUGAAGGCAUACGCUAGAGGAGCGGCGAGAGGUGGGGAGAAGGUUGGAAUGCAGGGUCCAUACCCGUCCAACUACUUUGACGAUCUGUACCUGAUGCAAGUCUCGGAGCUAUGCCGACAAUCCAGUGAACACCACUCCCUCCAGCAAGGUGGCAUGGAGCCCGGUGAGCAACGGUCCCACACCGCUGCAGAACCAUCUCGGACACAGCCUGGUCGACAGAGGCUAGACUCUCUCGGCCGACAGUUGACACUCCACUUUGGCGUCCCGUCCACCACAGGUCUGUGUUACUGGGAUCCAUUCAUGUGGUUGAAUGGUAGGGUGGAGCAUCUGCAUAUGCACUCAGGUCUGGGGGCUGGAGCUGGGUUUCUGCCAGACGUCAUACCGCGCUUGAACGUCAUCGGUGGGUUACACUGCAAAGCCUGCAUGGACCAGGGUGCAUUGAGUGGACGACGUUUCCGUUUUGGUCCGUUGCCCUCCGUUCAGGGUCUAUGCCAACGACACGCGCUCUAUCACCAGCCCAACGCCGACAACAAGUCGCUCCUCAUGACCACCCCUUCGAAGCACUACAGCGGUGCAAACAUUGGCAUUUGCGCUGUAGUACAGAUACAGCAUAUCCCGUGUUUUACGGAAGAUCCACUUUCCUCGACGGUCGGUACAAUUGAGCGCAAAUCGGCAUACCACUUCAUCUCCACGACCUCCGUUCACGCCCGUCUCCACCACUAUAGGAUCCAGCCUUUUUCGGAGCUCUUUUACUCAGAGACAGCUGCUGGCCAAGACAUUUCACCCUCAUUCCGCCUUCUCGACCCCUUGGACAAUUGA